AUGCCCAUUCGUUCUGCUACCCGCGUCAAAGCUGAUCCAGCACCAGAAGCUCAAAGCGUCUCGGAUCCUGGUCAAUCGGAAGCCGAGUUACGCGCCUUGCUGUCCAACCUUUGCACGGAUGAGCAAUUGCCUGCAGAAGAGGAAGAAAGCGUCUUAGAGGGUCUUACCAUUCCGUUGCUGAAGCAUCAAGUAACUGGUGUCAACUGGAUGAAGUGGCAAGAAGCUUCAACCAGCAAGGGUGGCAUCUUGGCGGACGAUAUGGGUCUAGGCAAGAUAAUCUUUUUGAAAUCGCGAUUUCGGGGCGGUUAUCUAAACGCGAUCCUUGGCAGACUCUGCAAGCCAUUGCACUGA